AGGUGAGUUCACUUCUGCCCAUACGCAGGGUCUGGAAAUGGUACCUUUAAAAAAGACCAUAGGCAACUGAUUUCAGUUAUGAUUUUUGUAAAGCAGAGGAGCGUGGGUGUACCUCAAAAGUGGUAGAUAACUGAUCUCACUCAGGUCAGUGUUGUGUUAAGCAGUGGCGGUGUAGUUUUAUAGUGUUCCUCUAUAACAGACCGUAGACAAACAGUCUUGGGUUUCAUUUUACAUUCAACAGUAUUACAGGAUCCAUAGAUUAAUUUACUACCACUGAUGAAUAAGGCUUUCCAUUGAUUUAAGCACAUAGUUUCUGUGGAAGUAGCAUUUUUAUGACAAACUCUGAAUUUGGCACUAUGACAACGUUUGUGAAGUGAAUGUACCGUAGAUGUACACUACAGCUCAAAAGUUUGGAAUGAUUGAGACAUUUUUAUGUUUUUUAAAGGAACUGAUACUUUAAUUCACCAUUGAAUUGAUCAAGAAAUACAGUCAAAUAGUCAUUGAUGAUAUUACAAAUUACUAUUUCUAUUUGAAUCACUAUUUGAACAUUGGGUUUGUAAUAAUCAACUGUUUGAUAACAACAACAGCUAGCACACCCUGCAGCUCUUCAGUACCAGGAGUGAGGACUGCCUUAGAGGCUUCAACGACUGGUAAGCCUGAAGAACAGAAGAGCCAGAUUCAAUAAGUUUUUUAAUGAAACAAAAAAAAAAACCUGAUCACCCGAUUGACAUACACAGAUCACCCAAUAUGGAUUUAAAGGCCCUCGGAUUAGUGCCAACAGUCUGCGUGUCAUAUUCAUUGUUUAAUUUCUCAUCCAGUACACACACACUCACGCACACGUACGUAUAUUGGUGAAUCGGGGACGGACCCCUGUUCUCCUGGUUUGCCUUCAGUUCCCAGGAUGCCCAGCACCUCUGAAAUGGAGGAGCUGAAGAUGAUAGAGGAGGAAAUGAACGAGGUAAUGCUGCAGAGGCGGCAGCUGAGUGACAGACAGGCUCUGCUGGCCAUGCUGCAGGAGCUCCGGAAGACCAAACGUGUGCAGCACAUGCAGGAGUCUGAGGAACCUAAGAGGUCUCUGGAGAUUGAAGAAAUCCAGAAGCAGUUGGUAAUGCUCACUGAAAAGGCGGUGGAACUACAGGAGCGCAAAAACAAGGUCCAGAGCCAACCAGAUCCUGUGUUUGUCCAGCCUGUUAUAGCACCUCAAUCGCCCAAGCCGGUUCUCAAGAUGCCCACAGUUCCCAGGAUGCCCAGCACCUCGGAGAUGCAGGAGUUGGAGAGGAUAGAGGUGGAAAUGAACAAGGUGGUGCUGCAGAGGCGACAGCUCUGUGACAGACGGGCUAUGCUGACCAUGCUGGAGGAAUUCAGGAAGCAGAGCAGCAAUAUACCACACAUGCCGCAUCCUGAAGCUAAGAAGUCUCCAGAGAUUCAGGAAAUCCAGAAGCAGCUGGCAAUGCUCUCUGCAAAGGAGAUGGAACUACAGGGGCAAAAAGACGUGGUCCUCUAUUCCCAGAACCAACCGGAUGUUUUCCUAGAUAAUGAUGGCACGGAUGGUGUAUCCCCCGUUGGCAAGCUGUUUAUAGUACCUCCACCAUCCAAGCCAGCUCCACAGGUGAUUCUGGAAGUUAAGGACCUUCCAAACACCCCGUCCCUCACGCAAUGCCCGGCCUGCUACGAGUUUAUCAUCACUGAAACGGUUUCUAGGGUGGGGAGCACCACCUGGAUGGUGUGUUUCAUGUCCACCUUGCUUGGGUGUGUGGCUGGUUGUUGCCUCAUCCCUUUCUGCACAAAACGCUUCAAAGACGUGGAGCACAAGUGCCCCAAAUGCCGGAACAAAAUCCACACCAACACAAAGCUGUGAGUUGGCCUGCAGAUUGCCCCCCCUCCUGGGGCGUUGCGGAGAAAGAAAGGGUUUCUGCCCCUUGCACGAACAGGAAGCGGCUGGGAGAGAUAGAGAGGAAUAGGAUGAGGAAGAGGAGGAUGCAGUAAUGACCUUCGACGUAACAAGUCCUCACCCGACUGUGGCCCCUCUGAGCUGUGGGAGGCUUACUGAUGCCCCCUCUGAGCCCCCUUGUGGCUUUCCUCCAGUACUUUCAUUUCACAGCUGGACUUACUCUUACACUGUAAACUGCCACCAGCAGCUUACUACCAGGUAGAUUGUAAAGGAGCAGUUUAUUUGUGGGUAGACUGUAAAGGAUUUCUCUGCUCAGAAGUAGCCCACACUUUCUGCACAAUAGCAUGUGCACUCGGGUGUGUUAGAGGCCACAUCAAUCAGGAAUUUAAAACAGAAACCCUGCUAGUCCAGUAUACAUUUACUUGUACUUGUGCCAUGCUGGUCCAGUUCACGUUUACUUGUGCUUUUGCCCUGUUAGUCCAGUACAUGUUUAUCACCAGAGGACUCACUGAAAAUUUAUUUUGAAGUCGUUUUGUUUAAUUGUUUGUUCUUAAAACAGAUCCCAAGGUAGACAGGGUUAUGAACUGCCUUCUUUUCCUUUCAUCUAUCAUUACAUAUGAUAAGUUCAAUGAACAUGAGACUGUUCUAGGAUAUACUGGUUAAUAAGGGACUAUACAUGAUACAUAGAAAGUAUGAGUGUAUAACAGUUUGCUACAUAAAUACCUAACAUUUACAUCCACACAAAUGGAGAAUCAGAACGAUUGCUGUGCUGUGUGCACAAGUCAGAUGGAAUAAUCUCUUUGCUUCUUAAAAGUAUGGAUUUCCUAUAUGCAGUAGGACUUAAUUUGCUUAUUUGUUCACUGGUAAGCAGGAGUGCGUGGUUGUACAACAAUAGUAAUUUUGUCAGAAUCAUGGAUGCAAAAUAAACAGCUGUAGAACAUGUGUUAGUUCCUGAGAAGUUGUUUUGUCUAUACAA